AUGUUUAGGCCAGAGUUUGCGAAACAGUUCAUGGCUAUUGUUGAAUACUACGUUGACCGCAAGAUUACCAAACUGCGAGCUCUGGAAGCUUUAAGAUCAUUUGUAACGAAGGUUCAGGAUGCUGCAGAGUACUUCGAGAAAGAGAACGCUUGGCGUAUAAGUGACGAAAGGCAAAUCUUAGCUAUGGCAGAAGAAGCUCUGAAAGCGAAUGAAAAAGUAGCUAUGAAAGCUGCUACAGGACAUGCUAAAUCGCUUUCAAAGCUGAGGAAGCUGUUGGUGGAUAGAUCCAACAAGAGAAUUGAAGUUGAAGACGCUGAAAAGGCGAUUGCUAUGGGAUUAGAGAGCUUGAAAAAGGUACAAGCAAAUGUUUCUUAG